AUGAGCGACGAGUCGGAGCUAGAGUUUGACGACUUCUCCUUUGAGGACGACGACGACAUUGUCGACGUCGACGACGUCGCCUCGACCACCCGCCACUUCGCCGACGAGCUGGUGGCAAAACUGGCCUACGACGCCAUCUACUACAAACCGUGGCUGGCCCGCGAGUAUGUCGACAAGAUGAUGCUUUCCAAGCUUGGCCAGCUCAGCGUCGGCCACCUCAACUUGCUGGAGACCGAGUCAUUGGUGCUUCUAGAGGCUAAACGGUGGCAACCCGACGAAGUGGUGAUCUCGUGUCUCGACGAUAAACCGAGACUUUACGACCAGUGUGGGCUUCCUCUUCCCUAUAGUGACGACUACUACCAGCUACAGGCUCAAAACGACUAUACCUGUUGGAUUUGCUGUGAAGACUACCCCAGAACGUUUACGUUCUCCAUGAAGUGUGGCCACGAGUACUGCAUUCUGUGCUACGCCACCUACCUUGCCAAUGAGCUUCACCACGGUUCCCUCGUACGGUGUAUGGACUCCGAUUGUACUUUAACUAUCCCUCACCGGGUGGGGGAGAAGAUCCUUAGUGUCCAUGACGAAUCACGUAACGGCGGGGUAAAACUUGUCGAUACCCCGUUAAACGAAAACCGGUUGUUGCUUGCUCAUGCUAAAGUAGCAGUGGCAAAAAAUACUAAGCGGUUUGUCGCUUGUCCGCUGGUGGACUGUAACAAUUUUGUUGAAAUUGUCGAAGGCGAAGUGCUGCCGGAUAAAAGCGACCCCGCGGUAACUACAGUACCGGUAGUGAAAUGUGUUGACGGCCACGAGUUCUGCUUCCGCUGCCACUACGAAAACCAUUUACCCUGUCCCUGUUGGAUCACCCAAAAGUGGAUCAAAAAGUGUGCCGAUGACCUGGAGACCGCCAACUGGAUCGAAGCCAACACCCACAACUGUCCUGGCUGCGACGGGCCCAUCGAAAAGAAUGGCGGCUGCAACCACAUGGUGUGUCUGACCUGCCGCAAGGAGUUCUGCUGGAUCUGUCACGGCGACUGGCUGACCCACAAAAACAACUACAACUGCAAUAAGUUCCGCGAGGACGAGCCCCAGCAGGACGAAAACCGCAAGCGCAAGCGCGAGCUGUUGAACCGCUAUUUGCAUUACUACAAGCGGUUCCAGAUCCACGAGCUGCUGAUGUUAGGCGACCGCAAGACCGUCGCCCAAGUGGAGAAGAUUGCUCGGCUUUGCAUGGAGGACAUGGCCGAACAAACUCCCAACGGCCACCUCAGCUGGAACGAUAUCCAGUUCCUCACCGACGCCAUCAUCCUGCUUACCAAAGGGCGGAAGACGCUUAAGUGGACCUACGUGUUCGCAUUUUACUUGGGCGAGACCAACUUCGGCCACAUUUUCGAGGAUAACCAAAACUACUUGACCACCCUGGUGGAAGAGCUUCUGAAGAUCUUUGAGGAGAUCGUCGACAAGAAGAAUAAAGUGGUGGAAAAGAAAAACACUACGCGCUUGGAGAUGAUCCUCAAGUACAAGUCGCAGAUCAUCAACUUGCUGAGCAUCAUCCAGCUGCGGCUGCGCAACUUGAUCGACUACGCCAACGAGAACUUGGCCAACGGGUUGCUUAAGUUCGACACUUGA